ACCACCGCCGGCAGCCAAUCAUGGGCUCCGUGUUCGAAUAUAUUAGCACGUGAUAACAUUCGGCUACCGUUUGGCCCUGUGCCGCUAAAUGUUUCGUCACACCAUUGCCGUCGCGCUCGCGUCUCCCCUCUCCCCACAGGCAACAGGUGGUCAGCUUCCCUCGCUGCUCUGGGUUCACACCGGGGUGCGGACAUCUACCCGGGCCCCGAACAGGGAGAAACAUCAUAAAAACAAAUCUGUAUGUUUAAGCUAAAGCAAAAAACAAUGCAAGUCUACAAAUACAUCAAUGUGAAAAACGGACUAAUGCUUCAAGGGGAUAUUUUGAAUCUCAAAACAUUCCGUACUUGGGAAUUCAAUACCAGCUAUCCCAGCAGAUCAGUUCUGAUUCCAUUGAUCACUACUGGAUUUUCAUUCACAACCCUUAAAGCUUUGCACAAUUCUGGCCUAUUUGACAGAAUCAUAAAUGGUUACAGUUUGUUGGUUUUCCCCAGAUGCUACCUGACAUGUGUGUCCUUUAUACUAGAUUAUUCUAUAUACCAUUUAGCCUGCCUUUGGGGCGAAGAUCCAUGGAAAGCAUUAACACUACUGAGUGGGUCGCAUGUGAUGUUAGUUUUCUACACCCGGACAUUUUCAAAUGCUAUAGAAGCGGUGCUUUUUGCGUUACUACUGCUGUUAGUAGCUAUGGAUAUAAAGCAAGCAAGUGUGGCAACACAUGAGAAAAAGGAAAGAAGGAAGAAAAAACAUUUUAUUGGGAUUGUUUUGGUCUCUGGUUUUUUUAACAGGCCAACAUUUAUUGGUUAUGCUUUAGUACCAAUGCUCCUAUGGCUUUCUUAUGAUCAGAAAGGCAUGCUUCAGUUUGGUUUAAGACAAAUGGUGAAGCAUUUCUUUGGCCUUUUAUCCUCUGUAAUUGCAACCAGUUUUCUUUUCAUUGUGACAGAUGCAUUGUAUUUUGGUUCAUUGUUUGAAAGGGCUUGGUUUUUGAAAGAUGGGAAUAACAUAUAUACACUCUUUGUCAACAUAAGCCAACAUCUCGUUUUAACACCAGUUAAUCUAAUUUUAUACAACUUGGAUGAAAAAAGCCUUAUCGCACAUGGUAGUCACCCCUGGUUUACACAUCUGACAGUGAAUGGUCUCCUGCUGUUUGGCGGUCUCCACUUAGCUGCUGUGACAGCUGGUGUCAAAACAAUAGUCAGCAAAUUUGCCUGCAAAGCCAGUGGCCAUACCCCUCUGAAAGACAAUUUGGAAAAUAAAUUUCCUACAAAGUUUUCUAUGACUGCUCAAGUUACUGAGUAUUUACUGUUGGUUUAUUUUAUUCCUAUUGUUGUUCUGUCAAUGUUUAGUCAUCAAGAGCCACGCUAUAUCAGUCCACUUAUUGUGCCACUUGUUAUUCUUAGUGCUUCAAAAUGUGAGAUGCUGAGUUGGAAAGUUGUAAUAGUGGUGUUUAAUCUCUUGGGGUCAGUGUUUUUUGGCUGUCUGCACCAGGGUGGACUAAUUCCUUGUCUAUCUUAUUUAGAAAAAGUUCUUCACUCAGAAAAUCCUUUGCUUAGCCAGACCGAGCAGAAUUUGGUUUUUUACCACACCUACAUGCCUCCUAGGUAUCUUCUUAAUGUCAAAUCAGAUGAAAAGUUAAUUAGAAUCAUUGACCUGGGAGGUUCUGAUGUGUCUGUCCUCACUAACACUGUGAAUGAACUACUUGGCAGUUCUGCUUCCAAACACUUUGGGAAUAAACAGGAAAUGGAUAUCUACGUGAUUGCCCCUGGCACUGUUCAAGAUGAUGUCAAAAAUUGUGGUUUUCAGUGGAAGACUGUUGCAUCGUUCUUCCCUCAUUUAACUAUGGAAGAUCCACCUGAUAUUUCUUCUCUCCUUUCUGAAGAUGGAUUGACCCAACUGAGUCUUUACAUUUUCAAAGUACACAUAAAGGUGAAGUAGACUCCCCCUCCCAUUUGUUAGACGACAUGUUCAUCCUGGGCCUCCUGCAGUGCCAUAAUGAUGCCACCUGAAGGUUGCAGGAACAGCAACCCAUUCUGUUUAGGAACCCUGCAGGCCAAUGGUAUCAAUGUGGCCUUCACAAGCUUCAAAAUCUCCCCUUCCCCCACUGCAUCCCAAUACCAGCCCAACUUGUUCUCAUCUCCCUAACCUUUCCUUCCUCUCACCUAUCCCCCUCCUCCCACCUCAAGCCGCACCUCCAUUUUCCACCUACUAACCUCAUCUCGCCUCCUUGACCUGUCUGUCCUCCCUGGACUGACCUAUCCCCUCCCUACCUCCCCACCUAUACUCUCCUCUCCACCUAUCUUCUCCUCUAUCCAUCUUCAGUUCACCUCCCCCUCUCCCCCUGUUUAUUUCAGAACCUUCCCCCAUCCCCCUCUCUGAAGGGUCUAGGCCUGAAACGUCAGCUUUUGUGCUCCUAAGAUACUGCUUGGCCUGCUGUGUUCAUCCAGCUUCACACUUUGUUAUCUCGCAUUCUCCAGCAUCUGCACUUCCCAUUAUCUCUGAUCACGAUUAAUAAGAUUCUGUUUGUUACAGCUGCCUUCCUGCUGUCUAUUUUGCAAUAUAUUUGUGGGUGCUUUGGCUUAGGAUCUGAUUGUUAAAGCAUUCAGAUCCUUUUACAGAACUUUGUCUAUAACAGUAUUUUCAGCAUCUGAAGCCUAAACACAUUGGAAUGGAGCAUUUUUAAAAAUGUUUUUGAUUUCAACAAAUAAUCGUGAAAUUAAGAAACAGAGGCUGUAUCUGUAGAAUGAUUAUCAUGGAAACAAAGUCUUCAAAAACACAGCUAAAAUUACAAGUAUCCAAUGAUGAUCCUUUGUAGUAUAUUGUAAUAGGUUUAUGUCUACAAACUGACUUCUGAGUUUGUAGUUUUAAUGUUGAGGCAAAAAUGUAGGCGAUACCUCUACACCACAGUCUACACCAGUAGUUUAUAGAUUUGAUAUUCGUGGAAAGCAUUAAAGAAAUGUUAUCUUUUUCUAAGUAAUGUGGGGGCAGAAGGGUGGAGGAAUCCUAAAGAAAGGAAGAAAAUUUGAUAUUUAUAAGAACAAGUGUAUUGUGUUUGGAGAAAUAAAAUGUUACAUUACAAAGCCUCUUUGUAAUACUGUACUGUGUAUCAGAAUGAUCAUAGUUCCUGUGAUCAAAUUGCAAGUUACAUUAUAGAGAAAAACUAAUACUAUC